AUGACGGCACGCGAGGCGUUUGGGCCGGCGACGCAUGGCGGCGCGGUGCAGCACCUUCGAGUGCGCGUAGCGGGCGUGCACGGCUGCGUGGAGGCCGUGGUACAGCGUCAUGAGGCGGCGCCGGGUGACCAUGUCGAACUUGGGCUCGUCGAACGAAGAAGUUACCAGCUGGACGUUGGCGCGCGACUUGUACACAAAGUGGGCGAUUUGGCCGCCAGCCGCGGGCCCCGCGACGGCGUCGACUCGUGGCCGGCCCGCGGCGGCGGCGGCGCGGAUCAGUGUCAGGGCGCCGUUCUUGGCAAGGGUCUCUGCUACCCUGUCGCGCAUGUCCUUGAGCUCGAAGAAGGACUCCUUGUCUGGGCUGAUAAGGAUAAUGGCGAUUUCAUCUUGGGUCGAUGGGGAUGGUGA